AUGUCAAACAAACUUGUUGCUUUGUUGUUGGUAGCAUGCCUUGUAACUGUUGAAGGUCAGAAUAUUUCCAUAAAAUUUGGUGAAAAAGUAGUGCCUCCAGCAGAGUGCUACCGUUAUUGCUACGCUGCAAGUUUAAUGCCCGGAAUCAUAUCAGGAGGAUUGUGUAAAUGGCGUUGUGAUAAUUUCGUCAUGUGGGAAUCUUUUGAUGGUUCCCACGCAAGGAGGCAUGGUCCAGUUGGUGCUCCUAAAGCUUCUCUGGCCCCAGCUCCAUACAACCAUAAGGCAUAA